AAAGUUCUUUUCUUUGUAUUCUCCCUCAAGAAAAGAAUUCAUCAGUUAUUUAAACUUUGAUUGAACAGAACUAGAAUAAGUGAAUAAUAGAACAAUGCAAGGGAUUUACCGGAUACUGCGACCUUAUCGCAACCCUCCAAGGGCUGCGAUAUUUCAACAAUUCCACGGGAAUGGAAUAUUUAACGCGAACAAAAUAUCUUCAGGCUUUGGAUUUAUCACGUCCUCUCCAUCCAUGCAGCAGAAAGGGUUGGAGAAUGUGACAGUUUCAGAGGUGCUAAUGACAAAGGGGGAAGAAAAAGUUGGUUCAUGGCUUUGGUGUAGAGUUGAUGAUGCUGUUAUUAAUGCAAUGAGAAAUAUGGCUGAAAAUGAUAUUGGAUCAUUGGUGGUACUGAAGCCAGAGGGCCAGGACAUAGCAGGCAUUGUCACAGAAAGAGACUGCUUGAAGAAAAUAGUUGCACAAGGAAGAUCACCUUUAUACACACGAGUCGCUCAAAUAAUGACUAACGAGAAUGACUUGGUAACUGUGACAUCUGACACAAACAUUCUAAGAGCAAUGAGACUAAUGUUAGAAAAUCGCAUUCGGCAUGUUCCAGUUAUAGAUGGGAAAAUAGUUGGUAUGAUUUCAAUUGUAGAUGUUGUGCGAGCAGUGACAGAGCAACAAGAUGGAGAAUUGAAGCGACUAGGUGAUUAUAUUAGAGGAGAAUACUACUAGGUCUUCAAAAGGAUUCAUCCAUAUGUACUAAUUUGAAAGUAAAAUUCAUUUCACAUAUUAACACUAAUUUAUAUCCAUUUCACAAAUAGUGGAUGUGAAAUGCUUCUUCCACCUUCUACAUAUAUGAGAGACCAUCCAUAUUUAUACCUAUCAUUUUAGGAGUACAAAAUACCUAUGUUAUAGAUUUUCUUAUACCAUUAUCGUCUCAACCUAUCAUGGAUAUAUUCAAUUCUAUUUGGAAUUAUGUUGCCAAAGUGUCUAACUCGAUCGAUCUAAAUUUGAACUAUUUUCUCCUUCA